AUGGCAAAGCUCCUCCGAUUCAGAACGCUUCUAUUAUCACAGUUCCCUAAGCUAUGCUGGGUUUCAUCUCUUUCUUCUCCUUCUUCUUCUUCGGACAUGAAGGCUUGUAAAUACGCCAAACAGAACUCUCUGUCUGCCAAUAUCAGGGAUAAAGCUCUUUACUUGCUUAACUGCUGUAGGAGUUCAAACCACCUCUUUCAAAUCCAAGCCCACUUGAUUACUUCUGGUCUUUUCCAAGACCCGUCUUUCUCCGGCCGCCUUUUGAAGCUCUCGUUGAAGUUAGUUGAUGAUUUGGGCUAUACAUUCUUGAUUUUUAAGUGUAUUAGUUUUCCUGAUGCGUUCUGUGUUAACACUGUUGUAAAGAGCUAUUCUUGCAGCGGGUAUCAAAGAAAAGCUGUGGAUUUCUAUGUUGAUAUGCUGAGAGGUGGUAAUUUUAGUCCUAAUAGCUUUACUUUUCCACCGUUGAUUAGUGCUUGCUCUAAAUUGGGUUGUUUGAGUUUGGGGCAAAUGUGUCAUGGGCAAGCUCUGAGGUUCGGGGUUGACAAUGUUUUGCCGGUGCAGAACUCUUUGGUUCAUUUUUAUGCUUGUUGCGGGCUCAUGGAUGUCGCCUGGAAAGUGUUUGAUGGAAUGCUGACUAAGGACUCUGUUUCUUGGAAUACGAUUAUUGAUGGGUUUGCCAAGGUUGGUGAAAUGGGAUUAGCUCAUAAGUUGUUUGAUACAAUGCCCGAAAAGAAUGUGGUUUCUUGGAAUGUUAUGAUGACUGGGUAUUUGAAUUUCCGGAAACCAGGGAAUGCAUUGAAGUUGUUUAGAGAAAUGGUGGUCCAAGGAUUUGAGAGUAAUGAUACGACUGCGGUGAAUGUGAUUGCAGCUUGUGGGAGGUCUAAUAGAUUGAAGGAAGGAAGAUCAGUUCAUGGAUUUCUUGUUAAGGCAUUUAACAGUUCAAGUUUGAUUAUUGAUACCGCUUUGAUUGAUAUGUAUAGCAAAUGUGGACGGGUAGAUCUUGCUCAGGUAAUUUUUAAUAGGAUGCCAAGCAAGAACUUAGUUUCCUGGAAUGCAAUGAUUUUGGGACACUGCAUUAAUGCAAAUCCACUUGAUGGGCUUAAUCUGUAUUCAGUAAUGGUGGAUAGAAUUAGGUGUAAAGAUGAAUCGGCUGUAAAAUUUGACAAGGAUGUAAAGUUAGAUGAAGCAAGUUUGAUUCUCCCUGAGGAAGUUACCUUUAUCGGCAUUUUAUGUGCUUGUGCCCGCAAAGGAAUGUUGACAGAAGGGAGAGACUAUCUCUCCCAGAUGAUUGAUGUGUUUCAUGUGAAACCCAAUUUCGCACAUUAUUGGUGCAUGGCUAACCUCAUGGCUAAUGUUGGUCUAAUGCAAGAGGCUGUGGAUAUCUUAAGGAACAUUCCAAUCGAUGAAGAUGCGUCUCCAGAAUCCUCGUUGUGGGCAGGAUUAUUUGGGUCAUGUCGUUUUCAACGGGAUGUGAGCUUAGCCGAACAAAUUGCCAAAGGCUUGAUUGAGCAAGAUCCUCAGAAUUUUUCCCAUCACAAUUUGCUGGUUAACAUUUACGCAGCAGCAGGUAGAUGGGAAGAAGUUGCCAGGACAAAGGAGUUGAUGAAGGGAAGGGGAAUUAAAAGAGUGCCUUGUUGCGGUCUCAAGGACUUGAAAGAGAUAGUUCAGAAUGCCAAAGUGGGCGAUACACAGGAGAAGGAUUUACAAAUGGCAUUGAUGGAGUGA